UGAACACUAGAGGAGUGACAACUCAUGCUUUGAAGUCUAGUUCGGAAUUUUAGACAGUAAUUUCAAUCUAUUUGUUUCGUUCGCUUUUUCGUGUAAAAGCAUCAUAUCUAUUUUUUUAUGAUAUGUAAAUUAACAAUUUAUUCAUAAUAACAAUAAUAUGAAAUUCAAGGAUUACUUUACAAUUUUAACAAUCCGGUUACUUGUUUGUACAUAUGCACUCAUCAAUAAACCAUCAAAUAUUAAAUUAAAAAUCGAUGAGGAAUCACCAUUGUAUACAACUCUUGGAAAUAUUUCCUCAUAUUUAUUCCUAAAAUCAAAAAUUACAUCAGAUUCAAUAUUUUUUACAGUCACACAAAAUGGAUUAAUUCAACUGAUAAAACGACUUGAUUUGGAGUCAUUAUGUCCAGAACAAUUUUUAUGUUGUGAACGUAAUAAACCAUGUGAAUUAUUAUCAAGUAUAGUUAUUGAAGGAAUAAAUUCAGAUGAAUUACAAUUACUUGAUUUACAUGUCAUUGUACAAGAUAUUAAUGAUCAUGCACCACAAUUUAUUACUACAGGUCAUAGUCAGUUGGUGAAAAUUUCGGAAUUAGCUGAAAUCGGUUCAAUGUUAAAUUUAAUUCCAGCUACAGAUGAAGAUAUCUCUACAGAUAAUCAAAUACAACGUUAUACAAUUCAUGGUAUUGAAUUACAAGAAAAUUUUGAAUUAGAUACAACUGAUUUACCAAAUGUACGUUUACGUUUAAAUCAACCAUUAGAUUAUGAAUUAAUUAAAAAUUAUAGUGGAAUCAUUGAAGCAUGUGAUCGACGUCAAUGUACUCAACAAAAUUUAACUAUUCAAAUUAUUGAUGCUAAUGAUAAUAAACCAAUGUUUUUACAACAUUCUUAUGAAUUAACUAUACCAGAAAAUUUUAGUGUUGGACAAACAGUACUUGUAUUAAAUGCAAUCGAUAAAGAUUCUGAUUUAAAUGCACGAAUGAAUUUUCAAUUACAAGAUGAUGUUGAUAUGAAUUUGAAGAGAACAUUUCGAUUAGAUAGUCAUUCUGGUCAUUUAAUACUUCAAUCACGUUUAGCUGCACAUCAACGUUCAGAAUAUCGUUUCACAGUAACUGUUAGUGAAGUAUUAAGUAAUCAAAUUCAAUCUGUUGACAGUACAUCAGAAUCAUCAUCAUCAUCAUCAUCGAGAAUACCAUUUACAUCAUCAGAUACAGCAAAUAUUUUAAUCACUAUUCAAGAUUUAAAUGAUUUUAGCCCAUCGAUUAAAAUGAUUUCACCAAUAGAAGGUAAAUCAUUAUCGAUAUUAGAAAAUUCUGCAAAUAUACGUGUAUGUGUAUUACAAAUUACCGAUAAUGAUUUAUAUGAUAAUGGUCGAGUACAAUGUCAUCUUGUAACGAAUAUAUUUGAUACAUCUAGUAAUAAUAAUAAUAAUAAUUCAUUGAAUUCUACUAUCAUAAUGAACGAUUCCUCAUCAUCAUCAUCAUCAUCAUUUGAAUUACAACAAACUGGUAAUCAUUAUACUUUAUUCACAACACGAUCAUUUGAUGCAGAAUUAGAAUCCAAUAUCAUAGUGAAUAUUGCAUGUACCGAUUAUGGUAUACCACCACGUUCAUCUAAUCGUGAAUUAUUAAUUAAAAUUGAUGAUAUUAAUGAAUAUCCACCAGAAUUAGAACGAAUUAAUUAUUAUGCUAGUAUAAUGGAAAAUAUUAAAUCUGGUAUAGAAGUUGUACAAAUUAUUGCACAUGAUCGUGAUCAAGCUGCUAAAUUAACUUAUGAAUUGAGUAAUGAAGGUAAACAAUAUUUCACUAUUGAUUCUAUAACUGGUAUAAUCACUACAUUAGCAAAUGAUGAAAAAGAUGAAAAUGGUCAUUUAUACAGUUCUAGUUUAUUGGAUCGUGAAAAAACAGAAAAAAUCACUUUUACAGUAUGUGUCACUGAUGGUACACCAAUGAAUAGUUGUGGUCUAAUCGAUUUAGAUCAUCAUUCCAUAAUUCAUAAAGAGGGGGAAAUAAAAGAAAAGUAUUUACAACCAACAAUGGAUACUGUUCAUCAUGAUAGCAUUCAUCCAAUAUUCACAGCUUCUGCUACUGUAUUUGUCACAAUUUUAGAUGUUAAUGACAAUCAACCACAGUUUAUAACAAAAGGACCUUUUUCAAUUCUUGAAAAUCAACCACGAUUUACUCAGAUUAAUGGACGUCUUACAGCACUCGAUGCAGAUGCAGGAGAAAAUGGACAUGUACGAUAUAGUCUCCGUAAUAUUUGGAUUAGUGCAACUGGUAUUCCAUCACCUGAUGUAUUUGAAGUUGACUCUGAAGGUCAAAUCAGAACAAUGGAAAUAUUGGAUCGUGAACAAAUCAAUGCGUAUACAUUAGAAAUUGUUGCCUGUGAUUCAGCAUCACUUAAUCCAUUAUGUACAGAAUUAAAUGUGACAGUGACAGUUUUAGACGAGAAUGAUAAUAAACCAGAAUGGCAUUAUCCUCAUCCACGUGAUAAAGAAGUUAAUAUUACAUCAGAUUUACCAUCAGGUAGAAUAGUUGCUCGUAUAUUAGCUAUGGAUUUAGAUAUUGGUGAAAAUGGACAAGUAGUCUAUUCAUUAAUUGAUCCACAUAGACGUACUGUAUUUCAAAUUGACAAUGUUACAGGAGAAAUUUCAGUUGUAAAGAAUAAUUUGAAUGAAAUAAUGCAAAAUGGAGAUGUUUCAUACGCAUCGGAUGAUUCCAUCGAGUCUACUCCACUAAUUCCUGGUGUAUAUCGACUUCGUUUACGUGCUUCAGAUAUGGGACAUCCUGAACAGUCUACAGAAACUUGGCUUCAAAUCAAUGUAUUUGGUUCAGAUUCAAUUACAAAUGCCGGUUUAAAUUUUAUGAUCAUUAUAGUGAUGAUUGUAAUAACUGGUCUAAUUUCAGUUUGUCUUGUGGUAGCUAUUAUUUGUGUUCGUAGACGAUCUUCACUACAAUGGAAUCGAUCACAAGCACAUUCACAGGCGAAUGGUUUUCGUCGAGGAAGAAGUGCAGGCGAUGGAGCUGAAGGUUCAAUGUUUCCAUUGAAACAUGAAUAUAAUCAUCCAUUAGAGGGAACUGGUUAUAUGAUGAGUAUUAGUCCGACUCCUUCUGAUUUGGAUGCGCUUAAAUUAGGAUAUCAAUCUAAUGGAGGUAAUUAUUUGGAUAGUUUGCAUUCAGCACCUGAUAUGAAUCCUUAUGGUUGGAAUAAUCCCAAUUCCCCUCUUGGAGUAUAUUAUUCUGCCAACUCAGGCGCAGAUGGUAUGAAUACUACAAAAAAUUAUCCGUUUUGUCCUAUUUCUAUGGAUCAAAAUAUCUCGAAUCCAAUGGGCACACUGCAUUUGCCUUUAUAUACUCCAACUAAUCAAGUUAUUCCUACAUUCCCAACUGAAACGGGAACUUUUAUGCGUUAUCCAACAUACAAUGUACAAUCGCAUUUAGUAGGAACAUCGUCAUGUUUAAACUUUUCUCCUUAUUCACCAAAUGGUACGGAUCAAAUUAGUGCACAAGCAAGUGCACAAACCAGUUUCGCAGAAGUACCAGGUGAUUCAACUGUGAAAACAACAGUAACAUCACCAACAGUCGGGCAAACAUUACAUGAAUUAGGCGAAACAGAAAUACACAACUUAGGCUCAUGUAAUUCAAAGAACACGUGUGAAUGUGAACACAAUGCUCUUUCGCCUCCAAGACAAAUGUAUACACCUCUAAUAAUUGGUACCAAUAAUGCAAUAGGAUGCUGUUAUACUACAUCUGGUCGUCGAAUUCCAAAUGGUAAUAUUCAUUGUGAAUUGGAUGUUGAAUCAGCUGAUUCUGGACGUGGAGCUAGUGAAGAUGAUCCAACUCAAUUAGGUGGACAAUUAAUGCAUUUUUAUCCAACAUGUCAUACAUCUAAUAUCUCGUAUAGAUCAUCCAUUGAUCCAGUAAAUAAUUCAUUAUCAUCUAUGCAUUUGAAUGGAAUCAAUGUUAUCAAAAUGACAACAACAACAACCGCCACAACAACAACAACAACAUCAUGUGUACAAAAUAUUAAACUACAAACAAAUUCAAUGAAUAAUUCUGCAAACAUUAUUGUUUUAACCGAUGAAAUGAUAAAUGAAAAUUGUUCCAACAUUGUGAAUAAUACUAAUUGUAAUAAUAUUCAACAAUCAGAAUCAAAUUGGAAUACAACUGCUGUUGUGCGUCGAUUAAAAUUAUGAAAUAAGUUAAAGUGAAAAUUUUUGAAAAAAAGCAAACAAAACAAAUAAACAAAUUUCUUUUUUUGAUUAUAUUCACACAUUGUUUAAGUGAAUUAAAUCAACUUUACUGUAAUUUAUUCUUGUGUAUUAUAUUUAGUUAUUUUGCACUUUUUUUCUAUCGAUGUAUGUUUCUCUCUUCUUCUUCUUCUUCUUCGUUUUUUUCUUGUUUCUCGGUUUUGUUGUUUUCUAUUUAAAGAAAAUUCAUUUUGUUAAUUUUGUUUUUGUUCUCAAUCAAUAUGAAAG